UCAUACGUUUUUUAUGGUAAUAAUUGAAGAGAUUUUAAUUGUCAGAUGUUUUGAUAAUUUUGAAAAUCAAUGAGUGAUUUGUGGACACAAUAUUGGGGCGAAUCGUUGCCGACGACUCCCGAAGACACCAACAUUUUAACCGUUGAGCGCUCACAACUCACAAGAGUUACACCAAUUGAUCUUCAAAACACUUCCGAUAAGUUAGACUUGAAUUUGACUGACGAGAAGCGCAACUUUUGGUCACAACAGCUAAUAGACAACAGUCUGGUCAGUGAUGUGCCGAUCGGGUGUCCCGUAAUGCUUCAGACCAUCAAAUUGUUGCGACUUUUGAGACAACUUAACAACGGCUCAAACAAUGAUAUCACCAGACAAUCCAUUCCUCAACUCAUUACAUCAAAUACUCAACAAAACAAUGGUUUAAAUAUCUUUAAGAUUAAGAAUAAAGUGAUUAACGAAAAAGCAAUCAAAGAAUUGAUGAGAAGAUCUGUUGUUAUAAUUAGUAACUUCUAUGGUAUUGAUUAUAUGAGUCAAUCAGUUAUGGAUUUAUUGGUUGACUUAAUGUCUGAAUAUUUGCAUCGUUUGUGUCAAAGAAUUCGCAUUACAACCGACUCUUCAGAACUCAAGUCUUCCAACGAUUUCAUUGAUGUAAUCGACAGAGUCUUUCAUGACAUGAAUGUUUCAAACUUUGAGGCUUUACGUCAACACCAGUCAGACAUAAAUCUUUAUAAUCAGAAUCUACUUAAAGAAGUGGAAAGAAGAAUAUCUAUAAAUGAAUCGAUAAUUAAUAGCAAUAAAAUGUCAAAUGAAUUACAGACAAUAGUGGACAACGAAUCGAUUGUCGACAACAAUUCGCCAUCACUUUCAUCUAGUAUUCAGUCGUUAACCAAAGACACAGAACCAACGCUAUCACUCAAAUCACUUCUCAGUUCAUAUAAAAGCGAUGAUGUCCACGAAAACGAACAGUUGUUUGGUUUGACAUCUCCUUUAAAAUAAUUACAAUUACACACAAUACUGUCGCUGACCAAUGGAUCACACAUUUACGUUAA